AUGGUUCAAGCCGAGUCCUCCUCAACUGCUUCUCGUAAUGCUGCAAAGGCAAGCACUGCAGGUGCCCCUGCCAACUAUGAGCUUCCUUGGGUCGAGAAAUACCGCCCCAUCUUCCUCGAUGACAUUGUGGGAAACACCGAAACCGUGGAACGCCUCAAAAUUAUCGCCAAAGAUGGCAAUAUGCCCCAUGUGAUUAUCUCCGGUAUGCCCGGUAUUGGAAAGACCACUUCCGUACUGUGUCUGGCUCGCCAGAUGUUGGGAGAUUCAUACAAGGAGGCCGUGCUGGAGCUGAAUGCUAGUGACGAAAGAGGUAUUGAUGUGGUGCGGAAUCGCAUCAAGGGCUUUGCCCAAAAGAAAGUCACUUUGCCCCAAGGCCGUCAUAAGCUGGUGAUUCUCGAUGAAGCCGACAGUAUGACCGGCGGUGCCCAACAAGCUCUUCGACGUACCAUGGAGAUUUACUCGUCCACCACCCGAUUCGCUUUUGCCUGUAACCAGUCGAACAAAAUUAUUGAGCCUCUGCAAUCUCGUUGUGCAAUUCUCCGCUAUGCUCGUUUAACAGAUGCUCAGGUUGUGAAGCGGCUGAUGCAGAUUUGCGAGGCUGAGAAGGUCCAGCACUCCGAGGAUGGAAUUGCAGCUCUGGUUUUCAGUGCCGAGGGUGAUAUGCGUCAGGCCAUCAACAAUUUGCAGAGUACCUUUUCCGGCUUCGGAUUUGUCAGUGGAGAUAACGUGUUCCGAGUCGUCGACAGCCCUCACCCGGUCAAGGUCCAGGCUAUGAUCAAGGCUUGCUGGGAGGGCAAGGUGGACUCCGCGAUGGAAGGGUUGAACGAGCUAUGGACGCUGGGAUACUCUUCUCACGAUAUUAUCAGUACCAUGUUCCGAGUCACCAAAACCAUCCCCACCUUGUCCGAGCACUCCAAGCUCGAGUUCAUUCGAGAGAUUGGUUUUACACACAUGCGCAUUCUGGACGGUGUUCAGUCACUUCUUCAGCUAAGCGGCUGUGUGGCGAAGCUAUGCCGGAUCAACAUGAAGCCCGAGCUCUUUGAGCCCAAGGCUUGA